AUGAAGUGGACACCCGAAAACAUGAAUGUCCUAUGGGAAACCCUCUUUGAAACCCACGACCUCACCAUCGACGUCGACAAGAUGGCCGCAACCUGGCCCACCCCUCACCCCGACGACGAAAAGCCCACCCCGCGCGCCAUCAAAGAGCGUCUCGAGAAAUUCCGCCGCAAUCUGAAGAACGGGGGCAGCUCGAUCACUUUUAGUAUGGGGACGAAGCGCGCGGGGGGUCCGAGCCCCGAGUCGCCACAGAAGACUCCGCCGAAGAAGAAGAAGCGGGUGUCGAAGAAGGCCGUGCCGGGGAAGGGAAACGUUGCGUCGGAGGAGAAGGGUUCCCUGGACGGUGAUAGACAAGGAGGUGCAGGGGAGCAGGGUUCUGCGGGGAAUGUGGGUUGA